AUGCAGCUUAUUGGAAGCUUGCUCUAUGUUACAACUACAAGGCCUGACAUAAUGUAUUUUGUAUGUUUGCUUAGCAGGUACAUGGAAGCUCCUACAAGACAUCAUUUGCUAGCCGUAAAGAGAAUCUUGAGGUACCUAAAAGGCACACUGACUUAUGGAAUAUGGUACAAGAGGAUGGAGGAAGAAGACUGUCUAAUUGGCUACACAGAUAGCGAUUCUGCAGGUGAUCUAGAUGAUCGACAGAGUACAAGUGGCUAUGUGUUCUUCUUUGCAGGUGGAGCCAUCUCGCGGGGUUCCAAGAAACAUCCAGUGGUGACACUCUCAACCACUGAAGCUGAAUUUGUCGCUGCAAGUUACUGUGCUACACAAUGUGUUUGGCUUCAAAGGCUGUUGGUACAGAUGGGAUGGAAGGGAGGAGUAAAGAAAUGA